UGACGCGCCGUUGGGACGUCGGUUACCGGCCGUUGUGGCCGGGCCCUUCUCGCCCGCUCUGCUGAGGAGAGCCCGGCGGCAGCGCCCGGCUGGGAGGCGGCGGCGGGGGGGCUCGCUGCGCCCUUUCCCCUCCUCCGCCGUGCCCCCGCGGCCGCCCGGCUUUUGGGAGGCGGCCCUCGGGGGCAGCCUGAGGGACGGGCGGGAGGCGCGGGCUCUGCCCCGAAAGGCGGCAGCGAACUGCGGGGCUGCUCCGGGCGGUGGGAGGGCGGUCGCUGCAGCGCGGCCCGAGGGUCGUAAAGGGUUUUUAGAGGGGUCCGAAAGUCGGCGGUGGAAGGCAGCCAUGCGCAGCUCACCGCGAAAGGCACAUUAGCGGCUUUCGAGCGGCCCUCCAGAAACCACCGUGCUGCGAAAGCCUUCUCUGAUGUGAUUCUGCUCCAGCGGGGAUGCAUCCAGUUUUAAAGGCGUUUGUGUGUGGUUCCAUCAGUGGGACUUGCUCCACACUCCUUUUCCAACCCCUUGACUUGCUGAAGACCCGCCUGCAAACUCUGCAGCCUGCUGUGAAUGGGUCUGGUCGUGCUGGGAUGGUAACACUGCUCUUUAGGGUUGUUCGUACGGAGAGUCUUCUGGGGCUCUGGAAGGGUGUCUCUCCGUCCUUUGCAAGAUGUAUUCCUGGGGUUGGGAUUUACUUCAGCACUUUGUACACGAUGAAGCAAAAGUUUUUAGUGGACCGUUCACCCACAGCCCUGGAGUCUGUCUUUCUGGGUGCCACCGCACGUGCAGUAUCUGGGAUUUGCAUGUUGCCAGUGACUGUAGUGAAGACCCGAUAUGAGAGUGGAAGAUUUGGCUAUGGGAGUGUAUAUGGAGCUCUGAAGAAUAUCUAUCAGACGGAAGGGGCUCGUGGCAUGUUCAGUGGGCUCACUGCAACGCUGCUGAGGGAUGCACCGUUUUCUGGGAUCUACCUGAUGUUCUACACACAGACCAAAAACUUCACACCUCAGGACCGGCUAGAUCCAGUGCUCAUACCCUUGCUGAAUUUUGGCUGUGGGAUCUUUGCGGGAAUCUUGGCCUCACUGGCAACACAGCCUGCUGAUGUCAUCAAAACACACAUGCAGCUGUCCCCCCAAAAGUACCGCAGGACAAGCCAGGCCAUUGCCUUCAUCUACAAGGACUUUGGGUUGGUCGGCUUUUUCCGAGGUGGUGUGCCCCGUGCGCUCAGGCGGACUCUGAUGGCAGCAAUGGCAUGGACAGUGUAUGAACAGAUGAUGGAAAAAAUGGGCUUGAAAUCUUGACUGACUCGCACAAGAAAUAACCAGCUUCACUCCUUCUCUUGCUUGGUGAGACCAGUUGGCACUAGGAAGUUCCCAGUUCCGCAGAGGAGUAAGCCUUGCUCAUCUGGGAGGAAGAAAGCCCUUCUGACACAGGGGAUUAGACCUUUUGGCACAUAGAGGAAAGAAGGAUCCGAUCUUUGCAUCAUUUGACCAAUGCAUUCCAGAAGGACUGCACCUGCAGACUGCCAUGGGAAAUGGCAGGGUUUCUACAGCCUGGUAACUACGCUGAGAGAAAAGCCCCUUUUAAAAAUAGCUCCGUGCUCACCACCUUUACUCAAUGAGACAUUGCUGAGCAAAAGUGUUUGAGGAGAAAACAGGGAUUGCAGAACCCGCCAGCCUGUUCCUUGCUGGUCUAGCCAAUAAGGCCACAAUGACCCACUGUCUGAUGUAGAUCCUCCUUCUACGUAUGCUUUGUUCUCACAGGGGAACGUUGCAGGCCAUGGUGGGAGGCUGGAUGCGUCUCUUAAUGCUUAUAUUGCAGGAGUGCGUGGAAGAGAGAUGAAGUGCUAACGGAAAGCUAGGAACACAGUCUCUGUUGUCACUUUUGUACUGUGCGUGAUAGCAGAGAAGCUAACUGGAACCUCCUUGCUGUGUCAUGUGUUAUUAUGUAAUUGAGCAUCUUAAGACUCUUGAAAUGUUCUUCUGCCUCUACAGCAGUGUUUGCACAGGAAUUAAGAAGCAUAAGGCACUUUAGAGUUGAUUGCUACCAAAGUUCUACUUGUUCUCUGAAAAACAUUUUUCCUGCUGGUCUGGCUGUGUCAGGAACACUCAGUAUUUUUUUUUUUUUAUCCAGUUGUACUAGAAACUUAUUUGCUUCCUGUUAUUCACUUGUUAAUCCUGGAUCAACACCCUCAGUGUGAGCUGCUCCUUAGAUGUAGGUUUUAGCACCAAAGCUCAUAAAUGUGUAAUGGAAGCAGAUACAGGUACUGAUACUUCAGAUUUCCCUUAAAAGCUGCUGCUGAUUGCAUGUGGAGUGUCUUUGGGUUUGCUCUUUUCUGUAAGCUUUCUUCAAAGUUUGAGACCUGUGAGUGUUUGGUAGGGAACUUUUUCUUUGGGCUCCACACAGACCCUUCAGUUUCCCAGCUGAUCGUUUUCUCUUAGGAGGUAGUCCAUAUUUCAGUAUUCCUGAGUUUAGUCUUAGAGAUAAAUAUACUUUUUUUCAUCCACUGUGCCUUCUUCCUCAUUCCUACUUUGUUACAAAGACUUCGUAGUGUGUGCCAUCCAAACUUGGGUGCAGCCUGCUCCCCUCUUCACUUGUGCCUCUGUGCUGGCUGGCUGGGUUGGGACUCUUGCAGCUCCAUUGGUGUUGCCACAAAGCUGGGCAUAGAAGUGUGCAUCCUCUUCUGUAGUGUGCCUUGCAGAAAACAUAGCUUUGGCAUUUAUUUUCUUAAAUAUCUAGGGAUAUUACAAUUCACUUUAGAAGCAGAGCAGAUGACUCUAAAUAUGAAGACGUGACACUGUAGCUGUACGAAAAAUCGGUACUAUGUACCUGUUGUUCAUAGAAUUUAAAGUGUAAUUUGCACAAUCACUGCCUGCCCUGGCAACCUCCUGAGCACAAGAGUAGAGGGGACGUGGGUUGUAAAAGAUAUUCUUUACCAGAUUCCAACUCCAAGAAGGUUUGAUGACUGACGUGCAAGUAAAGUCUGAGUAAAGUGUAAGGGGACAGGCUGGAGAGUUGGAAGGUGUGCAUGUUUUUAGCCUCAGCCCAUCUGCGAGGGGAGAGUGGUGCUAGGCAGUGCAGGAGUCUCCAAGAAUGGUGGUGGAGGGUCCCAUGUGCCCAUGUGUGUAUAUUAAUAAUAGAGCACUGCAUCAAAUCAUUCCACAUUGUGACUGACAAGCUGUCAGAUUCCCUCUGCUGCUUCUCACUGUCAGGCAUGUGGGCACAUCAUUUGCCAAAUCACAAAUGUGAAGAAUUGUUCCUUUCUUUUGCUGUCCCUUCUACCCUUAGUGACGUGAACUCGUGAGGGUGCAUGAAACAGUGGUAACUGCUCGUCCUGCUGUUUGUUAUCCUGAGCACUACUGGCACACGGAGCUGGAGAACCAAGUCUGGGAUUGCUGACUGGAUGGAAUAAGGUGGCAAUUAUGAGAGUUACCUCAUAUGUCUUUUACUUCCCUAUGCAUGGGAUCAAACCAACUUAUUAUACUGGAAGGCUGAAUUUAUUUGGGGCUUUCGUAAUGUGGUGAGUUGGAUCUAUUAUUCAUCCUUGGCUGUGGCAGUCAAGGGCCAAUAUAUAAUGUUGCCUUCAAGGUGUUCUAUGAAUAUUUUUGUUCCUGAUUUAGCAAUGGCAAAGAAGUGUGCAACUUGUGCAGACAGAAACUCUAGGCUCUUAAAAAUGAGGCAAGCGAGCAAAGAAUGCCAGGUGAUGAAUGAAGUUACAUACUCAUCAGAAACCUAAAAUGCGGGAACACCUCAGUUGCUUUUAUGCCCUAUGCUCCUGCCUGGUCAAGUAACAAAGGAAGAACUAGAGAAUCUAUUCUGGUGUGCCAGUGUUUUAAAGUCUAACAAUUUAUUUAUUAUUUUUUUUUAAGCCUGGAUUCAGGCCUAAAGCAGUGUUAGCUUUUCCUUUGGGAAAGUUCUUCCAUUCCCCUUACUUUGUGGAGAAUAAGGAGGCUCUUUGUUGUUGCAGUAGAGUGAAAAACUACAUGCUUCAGUGCUUUAGACUUGUGAAUUCUCCUGGGCACCUCUGAGUUUAAGAAAUGGAGAAUCUAAACUGCACUGUUUCAUCAACCCUUGGUGCUGCAAAUCCAAAAACUUCUCUACAUGUGAGCUGGGGCGAGUGAGUUUUGCAGUGCAAGUUUGUUUUUCUUAUUUCUUGUGUCAGGUCUCUCUUAUAUGGGGGAAGGGAAAGCCUGAAGUUCUGUUUCAGUGUCUUCUGAAAGCUGUAUCACAUAGGUAGGCACGAGACUAUUUCUCAACUCUGAUCAUUACCAUCCUUCCCCCUUUUCCCCCCUUCAAAAACAUUCUGUUUCUGAAGUGGUUUACUGAAGUUACUUCUUGAUGGCUGUAGCAAGUCAAGAAAAACAAAUGUGUGGACUUGAAGUUUUGAUAUAUUGCCCUUGAGGUUGUCUGUUUCUAAUUAAUGACAAAUGGUCACUGUACAACCUAAAUGCAAUGUAAAUCAAAAGAUCUGGAUGCAGGUGCUUAACCACCUAUCUGCAUCGUGCCAGCAAUUCAACACUAACAAUCCUAUUAGAUAAUAAUUUACAAAGCCAUCUUAGCUGGCAUUCCAGAGAAGGUUGUGUGAUCCCUUCUGUAUAUGGCAGGAUGGCAGUCGGAUUCCUUUUGGAAUGACCUCCGAGGCUGGCAGUACGCUACUAGUGAAUGUGCAUUGCCCCUGCAACCCUGGUGUAAGAACACAGCUGUUAACAUAUUGAGGCAGUCAGUAUUUAAGUGGAGUGUAAGGACACAAGAGAAAUAGUCUGAUUAUUUAUGCUUCAGAAACUUUUCGUUUCCAUUAUUCCUGUGCUGAUAAUUAUUAUUUUUUUUUCCUUGCACUGUUUAAACAGAACUGGAGCUUUGGAACAUCACACAGGUUUGAGCAUUGUGAGUGUUUAUGUGUCUAUAUAAAAUAUUUAUGUGAGAAGGUGUAUUAUAUGUUUCUAUUAAAAACUGCCAAAAUCAA